CCACCACAUUCUGUCAUAAAUGGGACCACUAACAGUACUUCAACAUUCCUAACUUUGUUCAGUUUUCCUAAUGACAUUAUCAUGCACAUAGCCCACAUCAUGGCUAGUCAACAUACCCUAAUAAUCAUUGGAUUGCUCUUAUUUCUAUCUGUGGAUUGGACUUCAUCUGUCAUUCCAGGUAAACACCUUUUUUGUUGCUUGGUAUGUUUACCAAUUAAGCAAUUCAUUUUGGUUAUUCCUAUGUUAUCUGAAAUGAAUUGGUUAUUAACAACAACUUCGGUAUAUAUCUGAUAUUUCGUAUUCAUACAUGUUGAACAAUAGUGAAUUUAAAAAUAUUUUUUUACAAGAGACACCUGUCCUUAGACAGUGUCAGCACUCGUUUCGAAAGGUACUGAACGUAAAAUAGAAUCAGAAUGAGUGUUUACAGGAUGGACUUAAGAGACCAAAUAAAUAAACAAUAUUUUAGGAGGAAAAACUGUCAUCUGUGACACAAGGUGUGACACUAAAUGAUAUGAACUGAACAUACAUUCAUUUUAUGCAAUAUGACAUGCAUCACACAUCACGUGUAUCUAUUUAAGAGAGAAAUGACAUCUUGUAGUUUUGCUGAAGUACAGUGCAGUGUGACACUACUUCUUUGAAGAAUGCAAUACAUUUCUACUAUUUCUGUGUUUGAGCUGUAUGUUAAAGUUGUGUCACUCUGCAUUGGCAAUGGGGAGGCAAUUACAGUAUAUGGAGAGAUGCUUUAAUGCAAAGCAGCAUGAAGGCUAGUGAGAGGUAGCCUACCGGUAAGAGAGGCGAGCCGGCAACCGGUGGGUUUCUGGUACCAAAUCCUAGAUGCCGUUGCCUGCUGUUGUGCCCUUGAGCAAGGCACUUAACCCCCCACAACAACAGCCCCCCAGCACCUCGCCAAAAACCUGUUUAUGUAUGUAUGUGUCUUUCGGAGGGGUUGGGUUAAAAGCAGAGGUCAAAGUUCGGUGUAAUUGACCAAUAAAGUGAUCUUAAACACAAAGUAUAUCUGACCUAAGCUCGGAAUCACAACCAUUACAAACCUCCAACUGCGCUAUUUCCAGCACCAAACACACUGAGCUAUUGGAACAACAUGGACUAUGUCAUGAAUGUGACGAAACGUAACAACAUGUUGACGUUCUUCCUUAGAGCAUGAGAAGCACCCCAGCUACUGGAACAACAAGGGGAAGCAGGCCCUCCACAAAGCUCUGGAUAUGAAGCUCAACGUCCGCUGGGCUAAGAACUCGAUUCUGUUCCUGGGAGAUGGUGAGUGAGUGGGCAUGAUUUCCACUAUGGACAGGACAAGGGGAGGGUGCGACAUGUUCCCCCACACUUAAAAAUGUGUAUAGUCACGUAAUUUAAAGUGUCAAAUUUGAAUUAAUGGAAGCUAGAGCCCAAUAAUAUUAAAUUAUCUUUGAAUGGCAAAGCAUUUUCAGACAGAACCGUUAUGUUGUCCCCCCACAUACAAUCAAAGCUACGCCCUUGGGGCCAGCGAUAGGGCAUGGGAUGGGCAAAAGGCUUGGAGGGGAAUACACUAUGCUGAAUGGGGGGGGGGGGGGGCAAUGCAAAUAGUCUGGGUAGCCAUUUGAUUAGAUGUUCAGGAAUUUUAUGGCUUGGGGGUAGAAGCUGUUUAAAAGCCUCUUGGACCUAGACUUCCGGUACCACUUGCCGUGCGGUAGCAGAGAGAACAGUCCAUGACUAGGGUGGCUGGAGUCUUUGACAAUUUUUAGGGCAUUCCUCUGACACCGCCUGGUAUAGAGGUCCUGGAUGGUAGGAAGCUUGGCCCCAGUGAUGUACUGGGCCAUACGCACUACCCUCUGUAGUGCCUUGCGGUCGGAGGCCGAGCAGUUGCCAUACCAAGCAGUGAUGCAACCAGUCAGGAUGCUAUCGAUGGUGCAGCUGUAGAACCUUUUGAUGAUCUGAGGACUCAUGCCAAAUCUUUUCAGUCUCCUUAGGGGGAAAAGGUUUUGUCGUGCCCUCUUCACGACUGUCUUGGUGUGUUUGGACCAUGAUAGUUUGUUGGUGAUGUGGACACCAAGGAACUUGAAGCUCUCAACCUGUUCCACUACAGCUCCAUUGAUGAGAAUGGGGGCGUGCUCGGUCCUCUUCUUUUUCCUGUAGUCCACAAUCAUCUCCUUUGUCUUGAUCAUGUUGAGGGAGAAGUUGUUGUCCUGGCACCACACGGCCAGGUCUCUGACCUCCUCCCUAUGGGCUGUCUCAUCGUUGUCGGUGAUCAGGCCUACCACUGUAGUGUCAUUGGCAAACUUAAUGAUGGUGUUGGAGUCGUGCCUGGCCAUGCAGUCAUGAGUGAACAGUGAGUACAGGAGGGGACUGAGCAUGCACCCCUAAGGGGCCCCCGUGUUGAGGAUCAGUAUGGCGGAUGUGUUGUUACCUACCCUUACCACCUGAAGGCGGCCCGUCAGGAAGUCCAGGAUCUAGUUGCAGAGGGAGGUGUUUAGUCCCAGGGUCCUUAGCUUAGUGAUGAGCAUUGAGGGCACUAUGGUGUUGAAUGCUGAGCUGUAGUCAAUGAAUAGCAUUCUCACAUAGGUGUUCCUUUAGUCCAGGUGUGAAAGGGCAGUGAUGCACUUAUUGAUGAAGCCAGUGACUGAUGUGGUGUACUCCUCAAUGCCAUCGGAAGAAUCCCGGAACAUAUUCCAGUCUGUGCUAGCAAAACAGUCCUGUAGCUUAGCAUCUGCUUCAUCUGACCACCUUUUUAUUGACCGAGUCACUGGUGCUUCCGGCUUUAGUUUUUGCUUGUAAGCAGGAAUCAGGAGGAUAGAAUUAUGGUCAGAUUUGCCAAAUGGAGGGCGAGGGAGAGCUUUGUACGCGUCUCUGUGUGUGGAGUAUAGGUGGUCUAGAGUUUUUUUCCUCUGGUUGCACAUUUAACAUGCUGGUAGAAAUGAGGUAAAACGGAUGUAUGUUUCUCUGCAUUAAAGUCUCCGGCCACUAGGAGCGCCGCCUCUGGAUGAGCGUUUUCCUGUUUGCUUAUGGACGUAUACAGUUCAUUGAGUGCGGUCUUAGUGCCAGCAUCGGUUUGUGGAGGUAAAUAGACAGCUACGACGAAUAUAGAUGAAAACUCUCUUGGUAGAUAGUGUGGUCUACAGCUUAUCAUGAGAUACUCUACCUCUGGCGAGCAAAACCACCUUCCUUAGAUAUCGUGCACCAGCUGUUGUUUACAAAUAUACAUAGACCACCACCCCUUGUCUUACCAGAGGCUGCUGUUCUAUCCUGCCGAUACAGUGUAUAACCCGCCAGCUGUAUGUUAUUCAUGUCUUCGUUCAGCCACGACUCGGUGAAACAUAAGAUAUUACAGUUUUUAAUGUCCUGUUGGUAGGAUAUACGUGCCUGUAGUUCGUCCACUUUAUUAUCAAGCGAUUGUAAGUUGGCCAAUAGUAUCGAAGGCAAAGGCGGAUUAGCUACUCGUCGCCGGCUCCUCACCAGGCACCCCGAUCUCCUUCCGCGAAAUCUCCUUUUCUUUCUACUGCGAAUGACGGGAUGAGGACCCAGGGACAGGGUGGGAGAACUGAGCAGGGGUCAAGGAAGGAGAACAGAGCAGGGGUCAUGGGGGGAGAAUAGAGCAGGUGUCAGGGGGGAAAGCAGAGCAGGGGUCAGGGGUCAAACAGAGCAAAGGUCAGGGGUCAAACAGAGCAGGGGUCAGGGGGACCGAGAAUAGAGCUGGGUCGGGGGGAGACAACUGAGGCAGGGGUCCAUGGGGGGAGAACUCGGAGGCAGGGUCAUGGGGGGAGAAAGAGCAGGGGUCAGGGUGGGAGAACUGAGCAGUGGUUCUGGGUGGAGAACAGAAGCAAGGGGUCAAGUGGGGGGGAGAAACUGAGCAGGGUUUCGGGGGGGAACAGAGCAGGGGUCCGGGGGAGAACCUGAGCGAUGGGUUCGGCCCGUACGGGGGGGAACAGAGCAGGGGUCAUGGGUGGAAGACCUGAGCAGGGUUCAGGGGUGGGAACAGAGCAGGGUCGAGGUGGGGAAGAACUGCUGAGCAGGGUUCGGGGGGGGGAACAGAGCAGGGGUCGGGGGUGGAAUAUGAGCCUGGGUCGGGGGGGAGAACUGAGCAGGGUCAGGGGGGAUAACUGAGAAACUGAGCAGGGGUCAGGGGGGAGAACUGAGCAGGGGUCAGGGGGGAGGAACUGAGCAGGGGUCAGGGGGGUGAAGGGGGUCAGGUGGAGAACUGAGAAGGGUUCGGGGGGGGAACAGAGCAGGGGUCGGGGGGGAGAACUGAGCAGGGUUCGGGGGGAGAACAGAGCAGGGGUCAGGGAGGAAGAACUGAGCAGGGGUCAGGGGUCAAACAGAACAGGGGUCAGGGGGGAAGAACAGAGCAGGGGUCAAGGGAAAGAACAGAGCAGGGGUCAGGGGUCAAACAGCGCAGGGGUCAUGGGAAAGAACAGAGCAGGGGUCAAGGGAAAGAACAGAGCAGGGUUCCGGGGUGAGAACAGAGCAGGGGUCAGGGGUCAAAAAUAGCAGGGGUCGUGGUCAAACAGAGCAGGGGUCUGGGGGGAGCAUUCUCUCAAAAACACGCAGUCACUCAGUCAGUACGGGAAAUUGACCAUCCCUUAUCUGGUCAAUAGGAGGCGUGUGCAUUGUAGCACUCAAUGUCCGGCUCUGUCCUCCAGGCGGCAGCAUGGCUCGGUUGCAGAUAAUUAGUGAUGUUGCUUUUGAUACCGGAGCUCAGAGGAACGCGUUUUUUUGUAUACAUUGUAGACAUUUAGCAGACGCUCUUAUCCAGAGCGACUUACAGGAUAAUUAGGGUUAAGUGCCUUGCUCAAGGGCACAUCGACAGAUGUUUUACCUAUUCAGCUUGGCCCUUAACCGCUAGGCUACCUGCCACCCACUAUGAAUAUAAUGCAGGGGUGUCAAACUAAUUCCAUGGAGGGCUGAGUGUCUGCGGGUUUUUGUUUUUGUCCUUUCAGUUAUGACCCAGACAACCAGGUGAGGUUGACUUUAAUACAUCAAUCAAGUACAAGGGUGGAGCGAAAACCCACAGACACUCGGCCCUCCGUGGAAUGAGUUCGACACGUGAUAUAAUGCAUUAUGAAUCCCUCAUUACAGUGAUUUGUUUAGUUAAAGGAAACCAUGAAAGCAUGUUUUACAAGCAGAAUGAGGACUUAAAGGAAUCCAUUCUCUCUGUGUAAAGACAAUAGACUUAAACGAUUAAAAUGUUAAACAUAGUGACAGUCAAUAAUGACCCUGAUCAUAAAUAAAUCAUAAAUAAUUCAUUAAAAUACAUCAGCUUUCAUCUCAUUGAAAACUGAUUAACACUCUUGGUUGGAUUGAUUGAGUCUUAUCUGCUAGUGCUAGUUCAGCUAUUCCAUGAUGAUCUUAUUAAUAAGAUGUUAUUGUUUGCUAACUUUACAUCACCUGCUCAUAAAUGGCAUGUUUAUGAGAUAUAAGGCAGAUAAGUAACAGGUAAGAUCAAGUAGGCCAGCGGCAUAUCGGUCCCCCGUGGGAUUCAAACCCACAACCCAUUGCAAUGCAAGCGUCACGCUCUACCAACUGAGCCACACAUUAACUCGCGUUGGUUCUCACUUGAACAGGGUUCACUUUAAGGUGAAGGAGAUAUCCAAUAGCAACAUAGCUUCCCAUUGUACCAGACCAUGCUCAAUCAAGCGCCAGUAAAGUAUUUGAAAACAAAAAUACUAACCCAGAUCUGAAAACGAAUAGAUUCCCAUUUGGUAUCCAUGUAGUUUGAAUCAAAGUAAUGAAAAAAGCUAUAGCUCUCUCUCGAAUCACAAGGUUGCCAUUUUAUCAAGUUAAACUCCUUGUAGGGAGAACUAAUUUAUGGUUGGGACAGGCUUCCCAGCAUGCUAGCUGUUCCUGGUAUCCAUGAGUUCAUCUGACUCUGAAUAAGUAUAAAAAUGGCUUAGUUACCUAAAUCUAACACUAUACCUUUAAUAGAUAACAAGCAGCAUGCAACCAGAAUAUACUGUAAAUGUUCACUGAGCUGGCAACAGUACCUAAAUCACACACAUUCAAUGUUAGAUCUGAUAUUCUGUAGUCACCCAUCAAUGUUAGAUCUGAUAUUCUGUCGUCACCCAUCAAUGUUAGAUCUGAUAUUCUGUAAUCACCCGUCAAUGUUAGAGAUGACAUACUGUAGCUAAUUGAACCAUGCAGUCAUUAUCAGGUCUUGCGGCGAGGCAGUGGUUGGACUGAAAGUUAGACAUUGUAUUAGUUAUACAUGUUUUAUCAGUUAUAGACAGAGCUCCUCUGAUAUGCAAGGACAGGCGGAUGCAACCAUCAACGUGUGCAUGCAUUCUGGGAAUCCACGUGUGCAUGUAUUCUGGGAAUCCACGUGUGCAUGUAUUCUGGGAAUGCAUUCUGGGAAUGUGUAGAUUUACUGUUUUUACACAUUUACAGUAACAUAUAAAUACAGUAUAUAUACAUGUAUAUGUUACAGUAAACGUGUAUAUAAAUGUAUAUAUAAGUAAUCGCUGUCAUAGAUAUGGAAAGAUAGCAUACUUUCUAUCCUUGCAAUGGUGUCUUCUGUGACAGCCUGGGCGGCACCAUUGAGGGGUAGCUCUCUCCAUUCUAAAAUAAAUCAAUUUCUUCUUCUACUUCUUUGAGUGUAUUGGCAGUUGAUAGAUAAUGUGAUCAGAUGCAUACUACCACCUACUGUGCGGAGUGUGUGCGGUCUGAACAGGUAUAAAGCGCCCAGGUUGGGGAUUUACUGCCACCUGCAGUUACGGAAUGUUUGCUCAGGAGUAUAAUUUCAUUCCUUGGCUGACCCUCCUGCUGAGGUUGUCUACUUAACGUUCCUUUUCUGAUUAGCUGAUUAUUUAUCUGGCGCGCAGCUCAGGGUACAGCCCUCCUUUCAGCAGAAGCUGUAUAAACGUUAUCUGUCAAUUCAGGUGACGUUGUGUAACGGUUGUUUGUUUUUCAGGUGAAGUUGUAUAACGGUUGUGUGUCUUUCAGGUGAAGUUGUGUAACGGUUGUGUGUCUUUCAGGAGAAGUUGUGUAACGGUUGUGUGUCUUUCAGGUGAAGUUGUGUAACGGUUGUGUGUCUUUCAGGUGAAGUUGUGUAACGGUUGUGUGUCUUUCAGGAGAAGUUGUGUAACGGUUAUGUGUCUUUCAGGAGAAGUUGUGUAACGGUUGUGUGUCUUUCAGGAGAAGUUGUGUAAUGGUUGUGUGUCUUUCAGGUGAAGUUGUGUAACGGUUGUGUGUCUUUCAGGAGAAGUUGUCUAAAGGUUGUGUGUCUUUCAGGAGAAGUUGUCUAAAGGUUGUAUGCUCCACCCCCGUCCAUACAGGUAUGGGCAUCCCCACAGUGACUGCAGCCAGGAUCCUCAAAGGGCAGAUGAACGGAGGGACCGGAGAGGAGUUUAGCCUGGCCAUGGAUACCUUCCCACACCUGGCCCUGUCUAAGGUCUCCUCUCAUGAAGCCCAUGUCAUUUGAACCUUAUCAUUUUCAUUUGAUGUCAGAUGCUUCAAAGAUGGAUUGUGUUCACCACUUUGAACAGGCCUACUGCUGUAAAGAUGUGUGGUUAACCCUUCAUGAUUUCAGGAUACUAGUAAUAGCAUAAUACUACCAUUAUAAUGAUAAUGUUUAUACCAGGGGAAGGUUCCAUUCCACUGUAAUUGAAUCCAUUCAGGAAAUAAAUUACUAAAAAUAAAAUAAUAAUUAAUUUAUCCAAUUAAUUUUGUGUAGAACUGAACUCAACCCUGGUAUAAUGGAUACAUGUGAAUUAAGAUGUUUCACUGGUUUACAACAAAUAUGUGUGUGUGUGUGUGUGUGUGUGUGUCUGUGUGUGUGUGUGUGUGUGUGUGCGUGUAUUUGACCCUGAAGACGUACAACGUGGACCAGCAGAUGCCUGACAGUGCCGGCACGGCCACGGCCUACCUGUGUGGUGUGAAGGCCAACUAUGGAACCCUGGGUCUCAGUGCCUCAGCUAUCCGCUACAAUUGCAGCACCACCUUCGGAAACGAGGUCGAAUCUGUCCUUCACCGUGCCAAGAUGGCAGGUAGGGGGUUAAUUAGGCUCCUUGUCUCAAUAGUCUAUUGCUGGGUUUCCCAAACUCGGUCCUGGGCCGAGUUCCACCACAGGUCCAUCUCCAGUUUAAUGAAAGCUCUGGAUGGAUUUCCACCACAGGUCCUGUGCUUUCAUUAAACUGGAGAUGGACCUGUGGUGGGAAUCCAUCCAGAGCUUUCAUUAAACUGGAGAUGGACCUGUGGUGGAAAUCCAUCCAGAGCGUUCAUUAAACUGGAGAUGGACCUGUGGUGGGAAUCCAUCCAGAGCUUUCAUUAAACUGGAGAUGGACCUGUGGUGGAAAUCCAUCCAGAGCUUUCAUUAAACUGGAGAUGGACCUGUGGUGGAAAUCCAUCCAGAGCUUUCAUUAAACUGGAGAUGGACCUGUGGUGGGAAUCCAUCCAGAGCUUUCAUUAAACUGGAGAUGGACCUGUGGUGGAAAUCCAUCCAGAGCUUUCAUUAAACUGGAGAUGGACCUGUGGUGGAAAUCCAUCCAGAGCUUUCAUUAAACUGGAGAUGGACCUGUGGUGGGAAUCCAUCCAGAGCUUUCAUUAAACUGGAGAUGGACCUGUGGUGGAAAUCCAUCCAGAGCGUUCAUUAAACUGGAGAUGGACCUGUGGUGGGAAUCCAUCCAGAGCUUUCAUUAAACUGGAGAUGGACCUGUGGUGGGAAUCCAUCCAGAGCGUUCAUUAAACUGGAGAUGGACCUGUGGUGGGAAUCCAUCCAGAGCUUUCAUUAAACUGGAGAUGGACCUGUGGUGGGAAUCCAUCCAGAGCAUUCAUUAAACUGGAGAUGGACCUGUGGUGGAAAACCAUCCAGAGCUUUCAUUAAAUUAGUGGUCAUCAGUGAAAGAAGAGGAAAGAAGGCCUUUUUAAUGGUAUUGAGACACAACCCGGGACAACUUUUUAUAGUAUUGAGACGCCACCCGGGACAAUUUUUAAGUGUAUUGAGACACUAGCCGGGACUAUUUUAAAGUGUAUUGAGACACUAGCCGGGACUAUUUUAAAGUGUAUUGAGACACAACCCGGGACAAUUUUAAUUGUAUUGAGACAUGACCUAUUUUUAAGCCACCUGUGAAAAGGGAAAUAUCACAUUGGUAUUUCCAGAGUUAUAGUAGCUAGAUAUUGAGAUGUUUUUUAGUGACCAUAGAAAAGAAAAAAAGAGUGUUUCUUAUUGGACAAGUUUGAUUUGAUUUGACAUGUACCACCCCUAUUCCCUCAGUUUCACUCGGUUUCUUCCGUUGGUGCCUUGUGUUUUGAUGCGUUUCAGGGAAGUCGGUGGGCAUCGUCUCCACCGCCCGUGUGCAGCACGCCUCUCCUGGAGCCGCCUACUCCCACACGGCCGACCGAGGCUGGUACGCCGACUCCGACAUGAGCGCCGAAGACAUUGCAGCAGGAUGCCGUGACAUCGCCUACCAGAUGGUCAACAACACUGACAUCAAUGUAAGACCCCAGAGGUGGCCAUCUUAGAUAAUAGACAAGAUGGCUGACUUUCAAGGAUAUUGAGCACAAUAAUGGGUAUUAUCUUAUGUCAAUGAAAAAAUAAAGUAUCAUGUUCCUUUGAAUGUGUAUUGUUUACAUUGCAAGACAUAUCAGUUGAGUCAGGCCAGUUAAUUCAUCAAGCAAGAUAAUUCAAGAUAGCUACAACAUUCAAUUUUUUAAAAAGUAAUUCCACACUUUCCAAGCUUUUUUGGAAUGUAGCAUUCCUACAACCACCUGAAACAUUACAUUAACCUACUCCAAAAAUGUUAUCCUGGAACCAGCCCGAUCGCUGUAUUCUCCAUUCUAUUAGCCUGGUGGAACCAGCCUGAUCGCUGCAUUCUCCAUUCUAUUAGCCUGGUGGAACCAGCCUGAUCGCUGCAUUCACCAUUCUAUUAGCCUGGUGGAACCAGCCUGAUCGCUGCAUUUACCAUUCUAUAAUCCUGGAGGAACCAGCCUGAUCGCUGCAUUCACCAUUCUAUUAUCCUGGUGGAACCAGCCUGAUCACUGCAUUCACCAUUCUAUUAGCCUGGUGGAACCAGCCUGAUCGCUGCAUUCAUCAUUCUAUUAGCAUGGUGGAACCAGCCUGAUCGCUGCAUUCACCAUUCUAUUAUCCUGGUGGAACCAGCCUGAUCGCUGCAUUCUCCAUUCUAUUAUCCUGGUGGAACCAGCCCGAUCGCUGCAUUCUCCAUUCUGUUAGCCUGGUGGAACCAGCCUGAUCGCUGCAUUCUCCAUUCUAUUAGCCUGGUGGAACCAGCCUGAUCGCUGCAUUCACCAUUCUAUUAGCCUGGUGGAACCAGCCUGAUCGCUGCAUUCUCCAUUCUAUUAGCCUGGUGGAACCAGCCUGAUCGCUGCAUUCACCAUUCUAUUAGCCUGGUGGAACCAGCCUGAUCGCUGCAUUCACCAUUCUAUUAUCCUGGUGGAACCAGCCUGAUCGCUGCAUUCACCAUUCUAUUAUCCUGGUGGAACCAGCCUGAUUGCUGCAUUCACCAUUUUAUUAGCCUGGUGGAACCAGCCUGAUCACUGCGUUCACCAUUCUAUUAUCCUGGUGGAACCAGCCUGAUCGCUGCAUUCACCAUUCUAUUAUCCUGGUGGAACCAGCCUGAUUGCUGCAUUCACCAUUCUAUUAUCCUGGUGGAACCAGCCUGAUCGCUGCAUUCACCAUUCUAUUAUCCUGGUGGAACCAGCCUGAUCGCUGCAUUCACCAUUCUAUUAGCCUGGUGGAACCAGCCUGAUCGCUGCAUUCACCAUUCUGUUAGCCUGGUGGAACCAGCCUGAUCGCUGCAUUCACCAUUCUAUUAUCCUGGUGGAACCAGCCUGAUCGCUGCGUUCACCAUUCUAUUUCACUUUACUUAUCAGUCUGGGCUUAUGCUGCAUUCAGGUGCUAGUCGGAACUCUGAAACUCAGAAAUGUCCAACUUGCUACAUUUUCCUAGUUCCUAUUAGCACGUGAACAUGGAAUUAAUCCACUAGAUGGGCGUUUGAAAUAAGACAGAAAAUGGAUGGUCAUAUCAGUAUCCUCUCAGAAACAGUGGGUGAGUUUAGGACAAAAAUCCAAAUGGCCAAACUCAAUAUGGACUGAGGGGACUGAUUAAUUGUCGUGGGGUGCUCCGGUGGGAGGAGUUUUGGGUUUCCCCUGUGGGAGGAGUUUUGGGUUUCCCCAGUGGGAGGAAUUUGUGGUUGCCCAGAUGUGAAGAGUUUGGGGUUGCCCCAGUGGGAGGAGUUUGGGGUUGCCCCGGAGGGAGGAGUUUGGGGUUGCCCCGGAGGGAGGAGUUUGGGGUUGCCCCGGAGGGAGGAGUUUGUGGUUGCCCGGGUUGGAGGAGUUUGGGGUUGCCCCGGUGGGAGGAGUUUGCACCGGAAUUCAUUUUGUAACUGUGCUGCCUCCCGUGCGUGAGCGAGGUGCCCCACUCUGGCCGACAACGACGUCGGCUCAAAACAAAAGUAAUGAGAAGGAUUCUGUGUUCACAUGCUAAAGGGAUCGCUUUGGAUAAACACACUUUAUCUGCCUUUGUUUGAAAAUUACUGUUAGAUUUUAAAAGGCUUCUCCUCCCUCACCGCUUUUGUCUGUUCCCUCAUUAUGCUUUGAAUUAAGCCUCCCUCUGAUUGGUUGAAAGUAACCCAAUUGCUGACAAGUUGAUUGUCAGUGAAGUGAAAUAGAAUGGUGAGCGAUUAGACUGCUUUCUGCAGGCUACCAAAAUGUAUCCCACAGCGUGAACAUUGAUCCAUACAUGGAAACCAACCAGCAUCUACUGUCCAUUUAACCUCCAUGUGUCCUGUGACAGGUCAUUCUUGGAGGAGGACGAAAAUAUAUGUUUCCCAAGGAGACACAGGACCCAGAAUACCCCUCAUACAACGGAAGCCGUAAUGACAAGGUUGACCUCACUGCUGUGUGGCUUAAGAACAAACAGGUAAACAUGGCUGCAGACACUACACCUUGACUUUGUCGAUUCACUACAAUUGUAUCAAAUAACUCAUUCACAGCAAUGGGGUAAUGCUGGGCUGAAUGUGUUAUACCAACUAAGACAACCUUGGCAGUUGGUGACCCUUGUGUUAUGGUAUCUGUAGGCUGAACAAAAAGUCUGAAUCUGGACGAUAAGUCUUAAUGAGAUCAGACAACUUCCACUUCCCUGCAUUUUCACCAUUUCUCAGCCCUUAUUAUUUAACCCAUACCCGUACCUCUGCCUUAUAGAAUGCAAAGUAUGUGUGGAACAAAGCUGAAUUUGACGCAGUGAAUCCCGAAAAAACGGACUAUCUGAUGGGUAAGAAUCUACAUACAUCUCGCUCUGCUAGAAAAGAACACUGAGCUUUACCUGAAUAGUCAAUAUUACCGAAUGCUUCUUUUCUGAAUCGUAUUUUACCCACAUCCAGUAACAAUAUGUUGGCUUCUUACCUGUGUUUUCUUAAUCCAGGUCUGUUUGAGCCAAGUGACUGCCGCUACGAGCUGGAGCGAGAUCAUGCCAUGGACCCCUCCCUCACUGAGAUGGUGGACAAAGCCAUCAAGAUCCUCCGCAGGAACCCCAAAGGCUUCUACCUCUUUGUGGAAGAUGAGUAUUAAUACUCAGCAUCCCCAAACUAUGACGUCCAUGUCAGGGAAUCUAGGCCUGAGAAUAUAGUUGGGAGGAGGAGAGCUAUUUAGUGUAAACUAAUGCAGUUGACGGUAGUUGGGGAGUGUAUUGUAUGGGAGUAAUUGUGGAAGAAAUCAUGUCUAUAUAGGGUGCUUAACUCAAGCCCUAUGAAUCAAUGACUGUCAAGUAUCUCAUUCCAUUUUAGUGCUUACAUUUGGUUAACAAUUGGUACAUGGUAUUCCUUCUCACAGUGACAUAAUUUAUCCUUUAUCGAGUACAGUUUUGACAGCCUAUCACAUCUUUUUAAAGCUGCUGCGAGUGAGGGGACUAAUAAAGAUAAUUAAUAAUUAUCAUAUUGUAUUGACAAUUACUGGGGGGGGCGGGUUUUCACUUCAAGGGGGAGAAUUGACCACGGUCACCAUAGCAGCGGGGCCAAAUUUGCCCUGACGGAAGCGGUGGAGUUUGACAAUGCUAUCGAGCGGGCGGCAGAACUGACCAGUGAGCUGGACACUCUGUCUGUGGUCACCGCUGACCACUCCCAUGUCUUCUCCUUUGGAGGGAACUCCGACAGAGGGAACCCCGUCUUAGGUAGGCUACAUCAUGAAGUCCAUAGGUAGGGUUGCAAAGCUACCGGUAAUUUGCCAAAGUAAUCAUAUUAAACACCAAUAGUAUUCACUAAGUUGAUGGUUUAUAUUUAGGAUAUUGUUUUACAACUUUAUCAUAAUUUAUUUUAUUUUAAAAUCAUAUUUUUUGAUUAUUGUAUAUAUGUUACAUGUGAUAAGGCCACACAGAGGGUCAGAGAUAGUUGCAGACACCUGUGAUCAUCUGAAGUACCCAAAAAAGACCAGUAGAUGUCAUCUUAUAGACAAAGUACAAAUAAACUUGAAAGCAGGGAUUGGAACCAAAAUUAUUUUAGUUCUGAACAGAACCAUUCUUUUUUUUGUUCCGUUCCACUGUUCCAACCUGCAAAAUAAAGUUCUGAACCGUUUUGAACCCCCAGAAACUACUGGCUUAUACAUUGACUGUACAAAACAUUAGGGACACCUGCUCUUUCCAUGACAUAGAUUGAUCCGGUGAAUCCAGGUGAAAACUAUGAUCCCUUAUUGAUGUCACUUGCUAAAUCCACUUAAAUCAGUGUAGAUUAAGGGGAGGGGACAGGUUAAAGAAGGAUUAUUAAGCCUUGAGACAUGGAUUGUGUAUGUGUGCCAUUCAGAUGGUGAAUGGGCAAAACAAAAUAUUUAAAUGCCUUUGAACAGGGUAGGGUAGUAGGUGCCAGGCACACCGGUUUGAGUGUGUCAAGAACUGCAACGCUACUGGGUUUUUCACACUCAACAGUUUCCUGUAUGUAUCAAGAAUGGUCCACCACCCAAAGGACAUCCAGCCAACUUGACACAACUGUGGGAAGCAUAGUAGUCAACAUGGGCCAGCAUCCCUGUGGAACGCUUUCGACAUCUUGUAGAGUCCAUGCCCCGACGAACUGAGGCUGUUCUGAGGGCAAAGAGGGGGGGUGCAACUCAAUAUUAGGAAGGUGUCCUUAAUGUUUUGUACACUCAGUGGAUAGUUCCUUUCUGUUCCGUUUUAAACCUCUGAAAUCAACAUUUAUUUGACAUUUAGCUCAACAUUAAAUUAUUUCACCAAUCAGUGCUGAUAGAGCAGCUCGUUAUGGAGCGAACAAACUAUAGUUGUUUACAUGUGCGAUGGACGCGAGAUGCGACUGAAAUUUUGCCCGCUCCAUAACGAGCUGCUCUAUCAGCACUGAUUGGUGAAAUAAUUUAAUGUUGAGCUAAAUGUAAAAUAAAUGUUGAUUUCAGAGGUGAAAGCUACCAAAAUGUUAGAAAGUUUCCAGUAAUAUAUGCUCUCUUUGCAUCCCUGGGUAGGCCACAUCAUAUAUGGUCCAUCAGCUAUGGCCCAAAAGUGCAGUGUAUAGAUCAGACCCCUAUUCCAUUGGCUUUAAUGGUAUUCUUGGGGCUAGACAUAGGGGUUUAUAUAACUAUGUGGUCAAGGGGGCUGUUUAUGUGUAUUUGAGCAAGCUUAGUGUUAGGCUGACAAAAUCUAAUGUCAUGCUGGUAUGCAUUUGUGUCUUGAAGGUCUGACCCGUGUAUUGGCUGACGAUAAAAAGAGCUUUACCACCACACUCUAUGGAAAUGGACCAGGAUACAAGUUAGUCAAUGGAUCUCGUGCAGAUGUGAACGCCACGGAAGCAGGUACGUUUUGCUUUUGAGCAAUGCAUCAUAUUAAGGAACUCUGAUUGUCAUAUUAAGGAACUCUGAUCAUCAUAUUAAGGAACUCUGAUUGUCAUAUUAAGGAACCUAUGAUUGUCAUAUUAAGGAACUCUGAUUGUCAUAUUAAGGAACUCUGAUUGUCAUAUUAAGGAGCUCUGAUUGUCAUAUUAAGGAACUCUGAUUGUCAUAUUAAGGAACUCUGAUUGUCAUAUUAAGGAACUCUGAUUGUCAUAUUAAGGAACUCUGAUUGUCAUAUUUAAGGAACUCUGAUUGUCAUAUUAAGGAGCUCUGAUUGUCAUAUUAAGGAACUCUGAUUGUCAUAUUAAGGAACUCUGAUUGUCAUAUUAAGGAGCUCUGAUUGUCAUAUUAAGGAGCUCUGAUUGUCAUAUUAAGGAGCUCUGAUUGUCAUAUUAAGGAACUCUGAUUGUCAUAUUAAGGAACUCUGAUUGUCAUAUUAAGGAGCUCUGAUUGUCAUAUUAAGGAGCUCUGAUUGUCAUAUUAAGGAGCUCUGAUUGUCAUAUUAAGGAACUCUGAUUGUCAUAUUAAGGAACUCUGAUUGUCAUAGAUUGAAGGAAUUGCUUGAUUGUCAUAUUAAGGAGCUCUGAUUGUCAUAUUAAGGAGCUCUGAUUGUCAUAUUAAGGAACUCUGAUUGUCAUAUUAAGGAACUCUGAUUGUUUAUAUUAAGGAACUCUGAUUGUCAUAUUAAGGAGCUCUGAUUGUCAAUUAAGGAGCUCUGAUUGUCAUAUUAAGGAGCUCUGAUUGUCAUAUUAAGGAACUCUGAUUGUCAUAUUAAGGAACUCUGAUUGUCAUAUUAAGGAACUCUGAUUGUCAUAUUAAGGAGCUCUGAUUGUCAUAUUAAGGAACUCUGAUUGUCAUAUUAAGGAGCUCUGAUUGUCAUAUUAAGGAGCUCUGAUUGUCAUAUUAAGGACCUGAUUGUCAUAUUAAGGAGCUCUGAUUGUCAUAUUAAGGAGCUCUGAUUGUCAUAUUAAGGAGCUCUGAUUGUCAUAUUAAGGAACUCUGAUUGUCAUAUUAAGGAGCUCUGAUUGUCAUAUUAAGGAGCUCUGAUUGUCAUAUUAAGGAGCUCUGAUUGUCAUAUUAAGGACUCUGAUUGCAUAUAAGGACUCUGAUUGUCAUAUUAAGGACUCUGAUUGUCAUAUUAAGGAGCUCUGAUUGUCAUAUUAAGGAGCUCUGAUUGUCAUAUUAAGGAGCUCUGAUUGUCAUAUUAAGGAGCUCUAAAUGUGACAGCAUCUGUAGAGGAACAUGACAGCAAAAUAAGAUAAGCUUGUCUAAUCAAAUGGAGGGUUGGUUUAAGUUCCAACUGAAGGCAGUACAUGUAAAAAAUAAAUAGAAAAUACAACUUUUGAAAUAAAUAUCUUCUACUUUUCAGUUUAUUGAGAAGUCAUUUAAAAUAUAAUUGAAACGUUAGUUUAUUUCCUGAAUUGACUGUCUUCAAUUCGAAUUAACCCCAACCCUGACAUCAGUUAUUGCACACUAAGAGUUUCAAUGCGUGUUCUAUGUGUUAAUCAUGUAGGAAAUAAACAUCUAAAUUAAAGCCAACGAUCGUUUGUUUAUUAGUUGUUUAAUUAUCACCCCCCUCUUUUCAAACUCUCCUUAAAAGUCCUACAGUUUCCAAACUGCAUGACAGCAUGAUUAUUUUCUCUCUCUUAACUCUGGCUCUCCUUCUCACCUCCCCUUCAGCUCACAAAGAUUACAAGCAGCAGUCAGCCGUUCCUUUGGACUCUGAGACCCACGGCUCAGAGGACGUGGCCAUCUUUGCCAAGGGCCCCAUGGCCCACCUCUUCCACGGGGUCCAGGAGCAGAGCUACAUCGCCCACGUCAUGGCCUACGCAGCCUGCGUUGAGCCUUACACAGGCUGCUUCAUCCCAGACCCAGAGCCAGAGACAGAGCCUGAGCCUGACCACGCAGGAGCCAUCCACCCCAGCCUCAUAGUGCUGCUGAUGGGUCUCAUACCUGCUCUCCUCUCCCUCUCAUCUGUC